AUGGGUGAAUAUCCUGUCGUGACGUGGAAUUCGUAUUCGCAUGCGCAGCGGCGGCUGCCACCCAAGUAUCGUCUCGCCAAGGACCUUCCGCAUGAGCUCCAGGACCGCGUCAAUGCCCUCCCUCAGUCAUACAGAGAUUCGCCCCAGGCAGCCGCGCUUUUCGAGGCUAUGAUGGAUGAAGCAAUGGACGACGAGCUCGAAGCCCCUCCUAUAUCGAUCAUCAAUGAGGUGACCGACGAAGGCGCGCCACCUUGGGAAUUCGUGUACACAAACCAGAUGUGGUAUGGUGAAGGCGUUCCGCCACCAGAUAUCAAGAAUCUGGUGAGCUGCGGCUGUGUUGGGCGGUGUGAUCCCAAGGCGAAGACGUGUGGGUGCGCGAAGCGGCAGCACCAUCAUCUAAAGCAGUAUAUUGACAACGGUACUAUACCGAAGGACUGGAAAGGAGUGUAUGACGGCAAGGGGUGUCUGCAGUGGUUUGGGGUACCGAUCUUUGAGUGUAAUGAUUUUUGUGGGUGUGAUGAGGACUGUCCGAACCGGGUUGUUCAGAGGGGCAGGAGAUAUGCUGUCAGUAUCAAAAGGACGGAAUCUAAAGGAUGGGGUGUCUUUAAUGGGCCGAAGAGGAUUCCUAAGGGAUCCUUUAUCGGUACCUAUGCUGGCGAAUUGCUGACCGUUGAAGAAUCUGACCACCGUGGAACGCUAUACAACAAGUUCGGACGAACUUAUCUCUUCGACAUCGAUUUCCAUCAUAUAGGUGCAGAUGAAGCAACGUACUCUGUGGAUGCUUACCAUGCUGGAAACAACCACAGCUGCGACCCGAAUUGUGAAAUUAAUGCGUGCUACAUCAACGAAGCCAAUAUCGAGAAGCCGUUGUUGACAGUCUUUACCAAGCGAGAAGUCGAACCCUUUGAGGAGCUGUCUUUCUCCUACAUGGGCAACAUCGAUGACGAUGCGGCCAAAAAUGCGAAGGCGAACAAUGAUGCGGUCUAUGCGGAGUGCCACUGUGGGAGCGCCAACUGUCUGGGAGUGUUAUUCUCGUAA